AUGAAGCUUUCAACACUUAUUGCGUGCUCAAUUGCCGCCUGUAGUUCCACUGCCUAUGGAGCUGCCUUGGACAUUAAAGGCUUAUUUCCUAAACAGGAAGGGCAACAGCUUAAGUUGGACUUAGAUAAUCUCAAACAGAAACUCCAGGAUGGAGCACAGAAGUCCAUGACGUUGCUUGAUAAAGUUUCCAAGAUUACUGGCGAGUCAAUUGAGAACUUGGAUAUCAAUUUAAAGAAGACUUGGGCAGAGAUGGAGUUGAAGUACCCAGAGGCAAUUGCUGGUCUUGAAUUCAGGAACAAGCCAAAGUUCGAAAUUAAGAAGAAGGCAAAGGAAUUCUGGGACUUCUACGUUUCGAACCCUGACAAAAUCAGCAACUACCAGUUGCGUGUGAAGAAAACAGACCCAUUGUCGCUUGGUGUGGACACUACCAAGCAGUAUUCGGGUUACUUGGAUGACUUGAAGGAUGACAAGCAUUGGUUCUACUGGUUCUUUGAAAGCAGAAACGACCCCAAGAACGACCCGGUGAUCCUUUGGUUGAAUGGUGGCCCGGGCUGCUCUUCGUUGACUGGUCUUUUCUUUGAGCUUGGACCUUCAUCGAUCAACAAGAACUUGAAGCCUGUCUCCAACCCAUUCUCCUGGAACAACAAUGCAUCUGUUAUCUUCUUGGACCAGCCUGUUAAUGUUGGAUAUUCGUACUCUUCAGGCUCAAUCUCCGACACUGUGGCCGCAGGUAAGGAUGUAUAUGCCUUCUUGGAGUUGUUCUUCCAACAAUUCCCAGAGUACCUUAACCGGCCAUUUCACAUUGCCGGUGAGUCCUACGGUGGCCAUUAUCUCCCAGCAUUUGCUGCCGAGAUCCUCUCACACCCAGAGAGAUCCUUCAACUUGACUUCUCUUCUCAUUGGAAACGGUCUAACUGAUCCUCUCAACCAAUACCCUGAGUACCACACCAUGGCCUGCUCAUAUGAGAAUGGAUACAAGCCUGUUUUGGACGAGGAGGCCUGUGCCUCGAUGGCCGACACACUCCCACGUUGCAUCUCACUAAUUGAGUCGUGCUACAACACAGAAUCUGUCUUUGCCUGCGUUCCUGCCUCAAUCUACUGCAAUAACGGCCAGAUGGGCCCAUACCAGAAGACGGGAAAGAACGUUUAUGACAUCAGAAAGAUGUGCGAGGAUAACGAUCUCUGCUACGAGGGCUUGCAGUACAUAGACGAUUACUUGAACCUGGAUGAGGUCAAGGAGAAAGUCGGUGCUGAGGUUGACAAGUACGAAUCCUGCAACAUGGACAUUAACAGAAACUUCCUCUUUGCCGGAGACUGGAUGAAACCUUUCCAGAAGGACAUCUCCACAGUCUUGGCUGCCGAUGUUCCUGUUUUGAUCUAUGCUGGUGACAAGGACUUCAUCUGCAACUGGCUUGGUAAUCAUGCUUGGAGUGAUGCUCUACCUUGGGAUGGCCACAAGCAGUUCAAGAGUGCCGACAUGGUUCCUUUGAACUUCAAUGGCACUGCUAUUGGUGAGGCCAAGAACUAUGGUAUUUUCACCUUUGCAAGGAUGUAUGAUGGAGGUCACAUGGUGCCAUAUGACCAGCCUGUCAGCUCCUACGUAAUGUUGAGCAGAUGGCUUUCCGGUGAUUACGCUCUAACCGGCAAGAAGAGCAAACUAUGA